AUCAAGCAUCAAAUUCAUCGAAUUUCUCUCAUCAAAACAUGGCACAACCAGGAAUGCGUCCACAAGAUUACUAUCACGGACAAUUUGAACAACAAUCUGAUCAUAAUAUAAACAAAGUUCAACAACAAAUAAAUAAUGAAUCGUCCGAACAAAUGUGUAAAGAAAUAAUGGAAAGGUAUAUCAAGGAAUAUAAAGGUGUUAUAGAUUUCGAAAAUCCUACAGCAUGUAGUCCAUGUUAUCAUGUUUGGCUUGGCGACUCGGAUGGUUUACGAUAUCACCUUCAAAAUAAGAAUGAUGUUAACAAUUUAUAUCACUUUGGUGGAUCAAAAAAUCACCUUGUUUUAAUAGCUUCAGAACAUUGUGACGGUGAAAAAAUGAUCGAAAUAUUUAACAUUCUAAAAGAAUUUGGAGCGGAUUUUAAUGUGACUUCAAAAGAAAAAUGUACUGCAUUGCAUAAUUUGGUAUUAAAGUCCAAAUUAUCUAUACAAAAUGAUUUAGAGAGCAUAAAAACAAUAAUAAGUUUUUUGGUGGAUAAUAGAUGUAAUAUUAAUGCAAGAGAUUUUUCAAAACGAACAAUAUUAAUCAACUGCUUGAGCAAAAAAUAUAAUGCAGUAAAUGAUAUUUCGAUAAUUGAUUUAUUACUAAAAAAAGGUGCUGAUCCUAAUAUCUCAUGUGAAUUUACACUUCCUGAACCUUAUUUUGCUCCAAAUGCAUUAUUUAUAGCUAUUAAGAACAAAUGGCCAAAUGAAGUGCUAGAUUUAUUACUUAAUCAUGGAGCAAAUAUUGACCAACUAGAUAAAAAUGGUUAUCAUUUAUUACUAUGGACUGUGAUGGAUAAAAAAGACAAAAAUAAUAAAAAGAACAAAGAGUCAAAAGAUGAAAUGAAGCCUUGUGCCAUGGAUUGGGUAUUAGAACAUAGUUAUGAAGCUAGUGAUCCUAAAAAUUUAGGUGCUGCUGAAAAGUAUAUCAGUCGUAAUCCUUUUAGUACAAAAAGAAGGAUAUUUGCAAGAUGGAAAAAUAGGUCACCUGAAUAUCGACAAAGAGUAAAAGAAAUUUGUGAACAGAGAGAACAGAGAAACAAAAAUCUUAAGAAAUAG